AUGUUCUCUCCCAGGGUCUGCCCCUGUUUUGCACAGAGGAAGAUCCUCAGACAUGAGUGCCCCAAGAUCCAGAAGUUUGGUCUGCUGGGGAAGCUGGUGGGGCAGCUCACCCUCUCCUGCACCUGCAAGGACAAGGAGACCUCCUGCGAGGCUGCAGAAGCUCUCUAUGAACUGCACAUCUUCGUCCUGCAGCAGACAAGCAAGGUGGAGUGGAUGGAUUACAGUGGGCAGCUGCAGCCUCUGGUGGGCUCACAGAAGCAGUCUUGGAUGUUCUUCAGGGAGAAUCGUGCCAGGAGACUCUUCUCGAUGUUCACAGAAUGCCUCCAGCCCUCCAGCCGGGCAGAGAUCAUCCUCAUGGCCAUCGCGGCCAUGGAGCCCACAAGCGGCUACAAUGUCAGCGUGGCUGCCCACAUGGUCAGCAGCCUUGUGGUGGACUCUUCCUUCCUGCCAGGAACGGUGAGGAAGAUUGUGAGUGCCAUCUACAGAAAGCUGCCUUCCAUCAAGGCACUGGUAGCCCUCAAGAGCCUGGACAGAGCCCUGCUGGCGCUGAUGGACCAAGACCCCAGAGCGGUGGUGGCCACUCUCUUGCACUUCUCACAAAGGAGCAGCAGGUAUGGGCCUCAGCAGCCUUUGGGGCUUCUCUCCCACUGGCAGUGGGGCCCCGAGACCAUCCUGAGGGACUUCAGCCUGGCCACCCUUCACGGUGUCCCUGCUGACAGAGCCCUGUGUCCCUUCAGGGCUGCCAGCACUAUGUGGAACGUGGUGCUCUCCAAGCCCCAGACCAGGGAGAAGGUGCUGCAGGAGCUGGUCAGAGUGAUGAUGGACAGGUCGCAGCGCAAGACCUGCAUCGAGACCGACCCACGCCUCUUCUGCAUGGCUGCCAUCAAGAUCGUAGGCAAGAUCGUCCUGCAGCCCACCUGCCAGCAGGAGGUGAAGGCAAUUUUCCCCCAGCUUUUCCUGGCACUGCUUUUCCAAGUGUCAUUCACCACUGAGCUGAUGCCUGCGGAGGUGCUGAUGUGGUGGGACAACCAACAGGAGCAGUGCACUCCUAUCAGGUCUGCCGUGCAGUCCAUGAGAGUGCUGCUCUGCAGCAUGGGCUUGGAGAGCCAGGUGCUGGCCAUCCAGGAACAGGGGGGCUGGGACGCCCUGCUCAGAGCCAAGACCCACCUCAUGGGAGUGCGCAUCGUGGCCAGGGAGAUGAUGGAGAUGCCAACGCUCCUGCGCUCCACCUUCUUCUGCCAGCUGGCAGAGAUCCUCAGCGGGAAGGACCCGAGCUGUGAGAUGAUUGCCAUGGUCUUCUUCACUGAGACAGUGGAGUGCUCUGACUGUGAGGAGGAGCUGCAACGUGCCCUGAAAAUCCUGGCCAUGUCUCUGCAGAGCCAGUGCCUGGGGAUGCCCAGCCUGGUGCUCAGAGCCAUCCUCAGGCUCACCCAGAGGCCCGACACAGCAAGGAAAACCCUCGUCCUGCUGCCACUCGUCCUGGAGCGGCUGCGGGAUGACGACGGCGCCAGCAGCGCCGCAGCCCUGCCCGUGCUCGCCGCCAUGCUGCGGCUGCUUGAGGGGAGGAGGCUCAACCUCGCCGCCCUGGAGCUGGCUGACAAGCUCUGGCCCCUCUUUGGCAACGAGUCGGACACUGUGCGGGAGCUCUCCAUCCGUCUCUUCCGAGAUGCGAUGAGGCUCGUGGCGCGCCAAGGGAAGGAAAAGAUGAAGAAGGUGGUGUGCAACAGCCUGCUGCCACUGCUCUUCCACCUGCACGACGAGAGCAAGAGUGUGGCCCAGCAUCAGUCCCCAGCCGGUGCAUCUUCCCCAGAUGGCCCAGGACAGGCGGCUCUGAGCCCUGCCAAGAGAGGGGGCACCGGGUCCUGCGCCCCUGCUAAUGGUGGUGGCAUCUCUGCUGCUCUCCAGGCCUCCCAGGAAGCUCUCCGCAGCGCUGGCCACUUCCUGAACUGGAGGAGGCUGGCACAGCUGGCUGGGACUCAGCAGGCAUGGAGCAUCCGCGAGCGCUUGCUGUCCAAGAACAGGAGCAGGGCCAAGGACUACCUGCACCAGAGCCAGAGCUACCUGCGGAACCCUCAGGAGGCCCUGCGGCUGGAGGCUGUGAGGUUCAUUGGCCUCAUCGGAAGACUGAUGGAUGAACGGGAGGACAUGGAGCAUGUCAGAGAGGUCCUUGAAGAUGCGAGGAUAGAUGACAGCCCCCUGGUCUCCUCCCUGCUGACUCAGACCAUCCUUAUCCUUGGACAAACAAGUUCGGAAGCCCAAAAGCUGCUUUCCAGGAGAAACGCCAUCAAGAUCGUAGGCAAGAUCGUCCUGCAGCCCGCCUGCCAGCAGGAGUGGCUGCUGCAGGAGGAGCCCAUUGACUGCCUGGACACCGCGGUGCGGCAGCAAGCCAUGCUGGCCACGGCCACCAUGAGUCUGAAGAGCAUCUCUCUGUCCCUGCAGUAG